AUGAAUAACACAUGCCCCUUUUGGGAACAUGAUGAUAUUUCGGAAUGUGCUAGGCGUGAAUACAUCGAGUUUAAAUUCCCUCUGUUUAUAUUAUUGACUGGUUUGAUAAACACAUUUUGUAAAGUCUUUCGAGCCCUUCAUUUAAAGAGGAAAAACCAUAUAAAUGAAGCGCCAGAAUUUGAAGAACAAGGUAAUGGAAACCAUAAAUAUGCAAGAUUCUCAAUUUUAAGACUAAAAUCGGCAUGGGAAAGCCGUAGCUUUUAUAAUGUCAAGAACAGAUCUACUUUCGGUAAAUUCAAAAAAAUUAUAGAAGGUCUCCUUAUUGUUUCACAGCUUACUAUCCACUUGUACAUUUUGUUCAAUAUGCCAGAGGAUAAAAAAAAGUUUUCUCACCGAGGUUUUCUAGCCCAAAUCUCUCUUUGGUUUUUACUUCUCGUUGUUAUUACGCUUCGUUUAAUUUCAGCAAGCCAGUCAUUUCGAUGGGUUUUAGUGUAUAAGCGUGAUUUAUGGGCUGUUUCGUUUUUUUCCUAUGCAUCCUUGUUUGCUCUUUCGAUUUUACCCCUUCGUUCCGUCUUGAUUGGAAAGAUAAACGAUACAAUUCAGGUCAAAUAUAUCAUUGUCGAGACUUCCAUUGACCUAGCGCUUUUCCUACUACUAUCGACAUCGAGUAUAGAAGGAACUAGGUACUCAUUUUUGGUUGGAAAUGAGAAUAAAAGGUUGCCACCGACUCCUACCGUAUUUGGUCUUCUUACUUUUUCUAGAAUUGAUCAGCUUAUAUGGAAAGCCUACAAACACUACCUUGGAAAUACGGACAUUUGGGACUUAGACAUCAAUAAUAAAUCUAUAACAAUUUUGGGGAACUUUGAAAUGUCUUCUAAACAUAAAAGGCUUUUUUCAAACAUUGUUUCUUAUUUCAAGGCCGUUUUUAUCUCCCAGUUGUUUCUGGCUUUUGUAUCUAGUUUUCUGAACUUUGUGCCUUCAUUGUUGCUGCCAAGAAUACUAACAUAUGUUAAUGACCCGAAGUCACAAUCAUGGAAUUUGAUGUCUUUAUACGUGACAUUUAUGUUGGUCAGUAAAAUCAUCGCCACAACCUGUAGAGGUCAGGGAUUAUUCUUAGGUGAAAAGGGUACUAUGCAACUAAGAACAAUUUUGAUAUCCAAUAUCUAUUCCAAAACCUUAAGAAGAACGAUUCUAAGAGACUCAACAACCUCACAACAAAAAAAGGCGGCAAAAUCUUCUGAAGAAAAUCACGACUCUUCUGAAGAGGAACCUAGAAAAAAGUUUAGCAGGAAAGACAAUUCUGUUAACAAUGUCAUGUCUGUUGAUGCUUUCAGGGUGUCCGAAGCUAUGAAUACUUUUUAUCUGGCAUGCGAAGCAAUUUUCAUGACAAUUACGGCGCUAAUGAUACUAUAUUCCCUACUCGGAUGGUCCGCCUUUGCUGGUACCUUUGCUCUUCUUGCCAUGAUUCCUUUAAAUUUUUGGUGUGCAACCUUUUACGGGAAGUAUCAGGCCGAUCAAUUGAUUCUAACUGACAACCGUACCUCUGGGAUUAAUGAGGCUUUGAACUCAAUACGCGUAAUAAAGCUACUCGCAUGGGAAAAUUUGUUUUAUCAAAAGAUUAUGAACGCAAGAGAUGGAGAAAUCAGACUUCUUAAAAAGAAGGCAACGAUUUUCUUUUUUAACCAUCUCAUUUGGUUUUUUGGGCCGACUUUGGUCUCCGUCGUAACAUUUUCAGUAUUUAUUAAAUUCCAAAAUCAGAUGCUUACUCCUUCAAUAGCAUUUACAGCUCUUUCUUUGUUUGCAAUAUUGAGGACUCCUAUGGACCAAAUUGCUUCGACUAUCAGCCUUUUGAUGCAGUCUUUUAUUUCUCUUGAAAGAAUCCAAGAUUAUCUGAAUGAACCAGAAACAAGAAAAUAUGAAAUUUUGAAACAAAGCGAUUCUAAGUUUGGUUUUGAAGAUGCAAACAUGGAAUGGGAAGCUGCUGAAACAAGUUUUAAACUCAAGAACAUUUCUAUUGAAUUCAAGCGGGACAGUCUCAACGCAAUCAUAGGUCCAACAGGGUCAGGAAAGUCUUCACUAUUACUUGGACUAUUGGGAGAAUUGAAUCUUCUUUCUGGAAAGAUUUAUGUACCUACAGUCGACUCCCGCGACGACUUAGAAAUUGGUAGAGACGGAAUGACAAAUUCAAUGGCAUAUUGUUCUCAAACUCCGUGGUUAAUAAGUGGAACGAUUAAAGAUAACGUUGUUUUUGGAGAAGCCUUCGACCAACAGAAAUUUGAUGAUGUAAUGAAAUCCUGUUGUCUUGACAGAGAUAUCAAGGUAAUGACAGCUGGCUUAAAAACAGAUGUGGGUGAGGGAGGAUUUUCCUUAUCCGGCGGACAGCAACAAAGAAUUGCUUUAGCCAGAGCAGUUUACUCCUCUUCCAGGUACCUGAUCCUUGAUGACUGCUUGAGUGCAGUAGAUCCUGAAACUGCACUUCAUAUUUAUGAAGAAUGUUUAUGCGGUCCCAUAAUGAAAGGAAGGACCUGCAUAAUUACGAGCCAUAAUAUUUCCUUAGUUACAAAACAGGCUGAUUGGCUUGUGAUUUUAGACGAUGGAGAAGUGAAAUCACAGGGUAAACCAUCGGACAUCAUUAAAUCUAAUGAGUUUUUAAGAGAAAGCAUAAAAAAUGAUUCGAAAAGUACAACUCAUUGCCAGAUCGAAUUGAAAAAAUUAACAACAUCAAGGGAUACAAAGAAUGAAGAUCCCGAAGAAGAGAACUCGCAGGAUGAAGAGUCUGCUGAAGUUGAGGAUUUUGAAGAAACAAAAAUGGAGGGCUCAGUUAAAUUUUCAGCUUAUAAAUGGUUAGCAGACUAUUUCGGGGGACUGGGGCUUGUUUUUGUUUUCACUUCAUCCUCUAUCCUUAUUCAUGGAAUUACGCUGUCCCAGGGUUUUUGGCUCAGAUACUGGCUGGAAACUGGAUCUCCAGAAAGUAAAUCCACUUGGCUUUAUAAAAUAGUUGAAAAGUCCCACUCUAAUGUCUAUUUCUUACUAACUUAUAUUAUCAUUGGUUUUGUUUCUUCAUUUUUAACUGCCGGUAAAGUGUGGAUAGCAAUAAUUUCUGGUACUAACGUUACCAAAAAAAUAUUUGCGAGGCUACUAUCUAGUAUAUUAUAUGCCAAGUUACGUUUUCAUAAUAUCACACCGACCGGAAGAAUAAUGAACAGAUUUAGCAAGGAUAUGGAUAUUAUUGACCAACAGUUGAUUCCUAAUUUUGAAGGUCUCUCUUACAGCGUUGUCGUUUGUCUGUGGAUCAUACUUUUAAUUGGGUAUGUUACUCCUCAAUUUCUAUUAUUUGCUAUUCCUUUAUGCGCUCUUUAUUAUAUUGUAGGUACAUUAUAUCUUCGUGCGUCUAGAGAGUUGAAGAGAAUAGAUAAUAUCAAUAUCUCUCCAAUACAUCAGUUAUUCGCAGAAGCCAUCAAAGGAGUAACUACAAUUAGAGCAUUAGCAGAUGAGCGAAGGUUUAUAACUCAAUCCUUAGUCACAAUUGACAGAAGUAAUGUUCCAUUUUUUUAUCUCACUAUGGCCACUGAAUGGAUCACAUAUAGAGUGGAUAUAAUUGGGGCACUUAUUCUUUUUAGUUCUUCUUUAAUAGUCAUAAUGAAAGCCUCAUAUAUGGAUGCGGGGCUGGCGGGAAUACUGUUAUCGAAUGCCUUUUCCUUUACUGAAACUGCUCAAUGGAUCAUAAAGGUAUUUUCAAGCGUUGAACUUUUGAUGAGUUCAGUAGAGAGAAUAAAAGAAUAUACAGAUGUACCUUCCGAAUCAAACGGUUACAUGACACCUCCUGCUAACUGGCCUCAAACAGGAGAAAUUGAAUUAAAAAACUUGUCUUUGCGCUAUUCUCCUCAUUCUUCUAAGGCAUUGGAUAACGUAUCAUUCAAGGUAAAAGCAGGAACAAAGGUUGGGAUUGUUGGUAGAACAGGGGCUGGGAAGUCUUCGAUUAUACAAGCCAUUUACCGGCUUUCGGACUGGGAAAACGGUACCGUUUUUAUCGAUAAUAAAGACAUAAAAGACAUCCCUUUAAAGUGUUUAAGAAAUUCUGUAAGUUGCAUCCCACAGGACCCUACUUUAUUUGAUGGAACUAUUCGAUCCAACUUAGACCCUUGCAAUCGGUACUCUGAUGUACAAGUUUAUGACGCGCUAUCCAAAGUGGGAUUAAUUGGAAACAACGAUGAAUCAUCCUUGAUUCCUGAGCAACAGCAGGAUAAUUCUUUUAACCAUAAACUAAGGAAUAGAUUUAUUGAUUUGAAUAGUGUUGUGAAAUCAGGUGGCUCAAACUUAUCCCAAGGGCAAAGACAACUCUUGUGUUUGGCACGAUCUAUGCUUGGUGCACGUAAUAUAAUGCUAAUAGACGAAGCAACUGCCUCGAUAGAUUACAUUUCCGACGCUAAAAUUCAGAAAACUAUAAGAGAAACGAUGGAAAAUACAACAAUUUUGACUAUUGCUCAUCGAUUAAGGUCAGUCAUAGAUUAUGACAAGAUUUUAGUGAUGGACAUGGGCAGAGUAAAGGAAUAUGAUCAUCCAUACACUCUGAUAUCUGACAGAAAUACUAUUUUUUGCCGCCUUUGUAAGCAGAGUGGCGAGUUUGAAAUUCUUUUCGAUUUGGCCAAGGCCUCAUUCAACAACAAAAGACAAGAUACCUAA